AUAUCCCAGAUGGCAACCCCCCAACAAUCGACGAGCCUUCGAUCUCACUCCAAGAUCUCCCUCUAAGAACCAUAAAAAACACCCACAUCUCAGAACCUUGAGUUUUCCUUCACCCCAAACAAGGAACCCCGGUGAAUCUGAGAGAAAGUGCUGAUUUUUUUGGGAACAUGGGUUCUGAUUCUUUGUCUAUUUUGACUACAUCGACAAAGCCUACGCCGAUACCAAUACCAACCCAAGAAGACCCAUCAAACCCAUCUACAGCUCUCCUUUCCUUCAACACAGACUCUUCCUCUUCCGCCUCGACAGACCCUCCUCACAAACCCGCCACAACCACCAUCCUCUUCAUCUCCCUCCUCCUCAUCGCCUGUGUUGCUAUCUCCGCCGCCAUCGCCUUUGCUUUCCUCUUCUUCUCUUCCUCUUCCUCUGCGUCUCCACCUGCCACCUCCCAUGUCGAAACUCAAGCCCGUCCCCUCAUAAAGCUCCCACACCCUGUGGUCUUGCUGAUUUCAUCCGACGGGUUCCGAUUUGGGUACCAAUUCAAGACCGCCACGCCCAAUAUUGGUCGCUUAAUCGGUAACGGGACCGAGGCCGAGCUGGGUUUGAUUCCGGUUUUCCCGACUUUAACUUUUCCUAACCACUACUCCAUUGUGACUGGUCUUUAUCCUGCUUAUCAUGGUAUAAUUAACAAUCAUUUUUUGGAUCCACGCACUGGUGAGGCUUUUACCAUGGGGAGCCACGAGCCAAAAUGGUGGUUGGGUGAGCCUCUAUGGGAGACCGUGGUGAACAACGGAUUGAAGGCUUCCACGUAUUUCUGGCCUGGGUCUGAGGUAAGAAAAGGUCCUUGGACGUGUCCUGAUAAGUUUUGUAUGAAUUAUAAUGGCUCGGUUCCUUUCGAGGAACGGGUAGAUACCGUUUUAAGUUACUUUGAUCUGCCUGGUGGUGAAAUUCCUUCGUUUAUGACACUAUAUUUUGAAGACCCGGAUCAUCAGGGUCACCAAGUGGGGCCUGAUGAUCCAGAGAUAACUGAAGCUGUUGCUAGAAUUGAUAUGAUGAUUGGGAGGUUGAUUGAAGGUUUAGAAAAGAGAGGUAUUUUUGAGGAUGUUAAUAUAAUUUUGGUGGGUGAUCACGGGAUGGUUGGUACAUGUGAUAAAAAGCUUAUUUUUCUAGAUGAUUUGAACCCUUGGAUUGAUAUUCCUGCUGAUUGGGUUCUGUCGCACACGCCUUUACUGGCAAUUCGUCCGCCUCCUGGUGUUGAGCCAUCGGAUGUUGUUGCAAAGAUGAAUCAAGGGUUAAAGUCUGGGAAGGUUGAGAAUGGGAAGUAUUUGAGAGUGUAUCUCAAGGAGGAGCUGCCUAGUAGGCUUCAUUAUAGUGCCAGUGAUAGGAUACCACCAGUAAUUGGUAUGAUAGAAGAAGGGUUUAAGGUUGAGCAGAAGAGGACGAAGCGGAAAGAAUGUGGUGGAGCACAUGGUUAUGACAAUGCCUUUUUUUCCAUGAGGACCAUUUUUGUUGGCCAUGGUCCUCAGUUUGCGAGGGAGAAAGUUCCAUCUUUUGAGAACGUGCAGAUAUAUAACUUGGUCACCUCGAUUCUGAAGAUUCAGGGUGCAUCGAAUAAUGGGUCUGCAUUGUUUCCAAAGUCUAUUCUUUUGUCUAGUCCGUAAGUUCACAUUCUCGUGUGGUGUACAAGUCCAAGUCAUUGGGUUGGAGCUGUGCUGGCAAUAUAUUUGUAUCAUGAAGCAAUGAGAUUAUGUGCUGGAAAAGAUGGUUAUAAAUGAAAUGACGAUGCACUGCAGAGAGGUAACGGUAUCAGUUGUACGUCUAGAACCCCACAGGCUGCUGGUUGAGUCCUACUAAGUUACAUAAAUAAUGGUAUUACUUGGUUUGGUCUGACUUUCAGCAAUUAGAAGCUGCACAAGUAAUAACAGAAAAUGGCAUAAAAAAAUGUAGUGUAUUUUUGUAAAAUGCCAUCAAGGUAUUCUUUGAGGUAGCGUGUCGGCAUUUGUAUAUUUUCAUAUCUUCUGGAUGAAUAUAUCAAAUGCAUGCAUUAGUCAA